CGUAUCGAACAUACUGAGCGGGCCAGGCCAGGUCAGGCCAGUGGAGUGACAGAGUUGCUUCGUGUGUGCACGUCCGAUUUCCAGGCCAAAGGCUCUCCGGGAAGGGCCCGAACCAAGGAGAGCAAAAGGCGAACAGAAACCCGAAUAAGAAGCAUCCCGCAGCAACAGCAGCAGCCGGAGCACCACAGACAUGGCGCCGAAAUCGAGAAAAAAGAAGGCAAACGCGCGUACGCUCCAGUGUUACUGCGAAGGCCACUGUCCCGGGAAUGUGCAGAAUGGGACGUGCGAAACGCGCCCGGGUGGUUCCUGCUUCGCGUCGGUCGAGGAGGUCCUGGAUGAGGAAACGAAACAGUGGGUGCCCGAGUGGAGCCACGGCUGUAUGUCGCCUGAGCAGGGCGGCGGACUACUGCAGUGCAAAGUUGGAACCAUGUCACCGCAGAUACACGGCAAGAGUAUCGUGUGUUGUGAUAGCGAAAACUUUUGUAACCGCGACCUGCUGCCGGAGUACAAUCCGCGCACGACGACGACGGAGCCCCCGCCACCGGUUGACCCGCACAGUAUGCCCAUGCUGGCCCUCAUCACCUCCAUCGUCUUCUGCUCGGUGCUGUUCGUGUGUCUGGUCACCUGCAUGUACUGCAUGUACCGAAGGCGCGAGAAGCGAAAGCCGGGCUACCUGAUGAACUCGCUCUACAACACGACCAACGGCCACCUGCCCAUCGCCGAUCUGGUGGAGCAAAGCAGCGGAAGCGGCUCCGGACUGCCGCUGCUGGUGCAGCGGACGAUCGCCAAGCAGAUCCAGAUGGUGCACUCGGUCGGGAAGGGGCGGUACGGUGAGGUGUGGCUGGCCAAGUGGCGCGACGAGCGGGUGGCCGUCAAGAUAUUCUUCACCACCGAGGAAGCGUCCUGGUUCCGGGAGACCGAAAUCUACCAGACGGUGCUGAUGCGUAACGAGAACAUUCUUGGCUUCAUUGCGGCCGACAUCAAGGGGACCGGCUCGUGGACGCAGAUGCUGCUGAUUACGGACUAUCACGAGCUCGGCUCACUGCACGAUUACCUGCAGAAACGCGUCCUCAAUCCGCACAUGCUGAAGGUGCUGGCGCUCUCGCUGUCGUCCGGCGUGGCCCAUCUGCACACCGAGAUCUUUGGCACACCGGGCAAACCGUCGAUCGCACACCGGGACAUCAAGAGCAAAAACAUUCUCGUCAAGCGCAACGGCCAGUGUGCGAUCGCGGACUUUGGGCUGGCGGUAAAGUAUUCGAGCGAAUCGGACGAAAUUCAGAUCGCCCCCAACCCGCGCGUCGGAACGCGGCGCUACAUGGCGCCGGAGGUGCUGAGCGAAACGCUCGACCUGAAGAUGUUCGAGGGCUUCAAAAUGGCCGACAUGUACUCGGUGGGCCUGGUGUUCUGGGAGAUGGCCCGGCGCUGCAUCACGACGGUGCGCAGUGCCAAGAACACUACGACCUGCGAGGACUACGCCCUCCCGUACCAGGACGUGGUGCCGUCCGAUCCGAGCUUCGAGGACAUGUACGCGGUCGUGUGCGUCAAGGGUGUCCGGCCACCGAUCCCGCAGCGCUGGCAGGACGAGGACAUUCUCGUAGUAUUAUCGAAGAUCAUGCAAGAGUGCUGGCACCCGAGCCCGGCCGUCCGGCUGACGGCACUGCGGGUAAAGAAGACGCUCGUCAAACUCGAGACAGAUUGUACGAUUAAGAUAGUGUAAGGAGGAGGAGGCCAGAUACGCCAACAAAAACGGCCGUCACUGCUCGAGCCACUUAAUCUGGGACCGGUGCGAUCCUUCCUUUCGAGUGGGAGUUGGAUGCAAACCACGCCUUAUUUAUUUGCCGUAACACUGCACCGGCGACCGCACCUGAUCGGAUCGGAGGAACCCGGACCGAUCCGUUUGUAAAUAGCGGUGCCACUGUUAGUUAGUGCCACAUCAUACUGUUUUCUAAGCUGCCCAUCCAUCCACAAGGGGGGAACCCCUGAAGCCGAUUCCCCAACCAAAGGGACACGCGGAUCGCGCGGAUCGUUGGGGUUGUGGGGUCUUUGUGCGUUUACUGUAUGCCAUAUGGAAGAAAAGUUAGUGAUAAGCGUUUAGAGCGUGUUAGAACUAGGAGGAAAGUGCGGCACACGUCGCCUUGAAACUGGCCGGCGUGCCGUUGUACUCUGGUGUAUGGCGUGCGUGUCGGUUUGUUUUAUGUUAAGCUCCGCCAUCCGACAUUCAGGUCGAUGGCGAUUUCAAGCGAUUCUAUUCUUCACGCGCGAGAACGCUUCGUUUUCGUUUAUUGUAAAAGGACGGCUGGUCGUGUCGCCGUAAGCUAGUUGAUAGAGCUAACAGAGGACCCCACAGGACACGGCAAGUCCCGCGCUACAAUUGUUAACACAAACAGGCACCUAGGCGAAAAGGAUGGCGCGCACAGUGGGGCGCCAACAGAGAGCGAGAGAUUUGGCAAUAUGAUUUGAAAGAUUUCAGUUCGCAUCACGGCGAGGCGAGAAGGCUUUUUGUUGUCGAGAUUCACAUUUAUGUACAUAUUAUGAACGCCACGUAAUCAUGAACCUUUGCUGCCCCUUGCGAGCCUCGGAGGGCGCUCUUCGUUUUGGUUAAGGGCCGCCGCGGGCAAGAGAGAGGUGUGUGUUCAGGGGCAUGUCAGGCGCAUUAGGAGUACAACACUAGAACUUAAUCAAGCAGCGUAGGACCGCUUAUAGUGAAACCUGUUUUUUCUGUAGGAUUGUAGGGCUAGCUUAGUGUUUCAUUUUCGGUGUUGACAGGCAAAACGGUAGACAAGUAGUGUAAUCUUCUUACUCUUACAGUGCUGCGUUUCAGUGUCUGUGUUGUACAUAGGUAGGAAGCAAAGUUGAGCAACUGAGCUGUUGCUGUUAAGAGCUUUUUUCCCUGCACUGUAGGUGCAGUCGAUGUUCUUCCCUGUUUUUUUUGUCUAAUGCGCGCGUAGAAAACUAGAAGAAAAGGUUCUCCAAAAGCCACGGAUUUAUUUUUAUAGCGUUUUGUAUUGGAAAAAAAAUGUGUUUGAAAGCGAGCAAAACUUACUGUACGACAGUUGUGAA